CUCGUUGUUGGGUUGUUACCAGGCAGACAGACAGCCUUUCCAACAUGGCAGCGUCAAGCAACGCAGAGCAAACGCAGCUGCAAGACAUGGAAGAGGAAGAUGCGGGGAUGGAGGAGAGGGAGAUGGAGUCCGACGAGGAGGAGGAAGGCAUGGGAGAAGAAAAUUCAGACGACGAAGAUAACGAUUCCUCGGAAGACGAGAAGGAGAAUGAAGCAGAAAUUCAACGAUUGGAGGAGCAGGUAAUUAAGCACGAGCACGUCCUAACGCUGCUAAUGUUAGCCGCCGAGCUAACGAGAAUGAAUGGAUGGUAAACACAGACAGACACGAUAAGACAGCUGCGUUUGAGUUAAUUUAUUCUUCCUGCGGUUUGAUAGUUAGUAAAUAUAAAGCUAUUAAUUUGUUAUUAAAACGGUUUGUGUGGUACGACGUCAUUUUGAGAGCUAUCUUGAUUAGCUGUGAUGCUAAUGUCCUGUUUGGUGUAACGCGCCGUUUUAAACUCAGCCUGUCUGAGAGCAGAAACUAACAAAGUACAUGAAGUACACACUGAACUAACUCACUUUUACGAGUCUAUCUGAUUCAUUAUACCUUAUACAGUCAUUAUUAUAUCAGAGAUGUAAUACUCUGUUCACAUUCCCCACAAUCAGCUUACUUUAUCUGUGUUCAGGUGAAUCUAGUAUUAUGAAUGUCAACAUAACAGCACAGUGUAUCAUCAUCACAUCACUUUAUAUUUCUCCUCAUAAGAGCUUUGAUCUCCUUUUUUGAAAGCACCAGUUGAUAUGAAUUAAUUGUGUUGUUUAAUUUCUCCCCCACCUCUCCUCUUUGGGAUGCUUCAGUUGUCAAUCAAUGCUUUUGAUUACAACUGCCACGUGGAUCUGAUCAAACUUCUGAAGCAGGAAGGAGAGCUUUUCCGUCUGCGAAAGGCGAGGCAGAAGAUGAGCGAGCUUUUCCCUCUCACUGAAGGUUGGUGUCGUUCUAAUUAGGGGCGCACUGAUCACAAUUUUCUGGCCGAUCACCGACCACCGAUCUUUAAAAUGCAUGACUUGCCGAUACCGAUCUUGUCCGAUACCAUUUUCAAUCAAAUCAAAUAUCAAAUAUUUCAAUAUCAAUCAAAUAUUUGACCACAUACACCUUCAAUGCUCCAAUCUUAUUCUAAUGAAAAAUUUACAAACCUUUUUGUGUUUGUUUUAACUGCACAUUAAGUAGUACUCUCAAAUAUAAGUGAAAAGUUUAGAAUAUUGUUGUCCAAACUACUAAAUUAUAUCAGUCCCUUUAGUCUUUUAUUUUCCACAUUUUAAGAAUUAACAAUACUUGCGCAACAGGUCACACUGCAGGUCUGUUUUGAGCCUCUUACCAAAAUAAAGCAGUAGCAAAAGCAGUAUUUUGCUUUUACAAAUAAAGGAAAUCACAAGGUUUGAGGAAGGUAGUAAAAUAAUAAUCUACAGGACUUGUCAUUCUGGCAAAAGGACUUUCAGAUCUUUGCCGAGGUAGAUAAGAUUAGUGGAUAAAAUCAGUUUUAUGUGUAAAGAUCAGUCGAUCACCGGUCCCCCAAAAUUGAGGAAAUCGGCGCCCAACGAUUGGCCGGCAGAUUUAUUGGUGCAUGUUUAGUUCUAAUACUGUGUUAUAGUAACACUCACCUUCAACCUGGCUUUUCAUUCAUUGCCUUUUAUAUUUCUUUUAUUGCAAAUGUUCAUUUUAAUCAAAGUUCUUAAUGUUUCUUUUAUGUCAUUUUAUUAGUUAUUGUUCUUAGUCUUUUUCUUAAUUCCCAUCAUAGAGGUUUUUACUCCUUUUACCCCUUUUACAUGGUUUAGAGCUCUUACUUAUCUGUUAAUUUAAUAUUAUUUUCUUGUUUUAGUCCAUCAGGUUUUACCCUUUUUUUAUUUAUUUUUUUUUUUUUUACCAUUUUUAUCAUUUUAUCUCCAGUGUUUCCCAGCUAGAACUACAUCUUUUUGUCUGAAAAAGUGCCAUACAAAUAAAGUUGAAUUGUGAAUUUAAUUGUAAGAAGUUCAGCAUUGCAUACACCCUAAAUAGUCUUUCGUUGAAUCCCACAGAAAUCUGGCUUGACUGGCUGAAGGAUGAGAUCCGUCUGACUGAGGAGGAGACGAACAGAGAGAAAGUGUAUGAGCUGUUUGAGAAAGCUGUGAAAGACUAUAUCUGUGAGUGAAUCACAUCAUUAUUACUGCCUGUGAUUUGACACGAUCUCAUUCCGAGAUUUUAACAUAAUUCUCCUCAUACUCAGGUCCAGAAAUCUGGCUGGAGUACGCUCAGUAUUCGAUUGGUGGGAUGGGCUCCCCAGGUGGGAUAGACAAGGUGAGAUCCAUCUUCGAGAGAGCCGUGACAGCUGUGGGCCUUCACAUGACCAAGGGGCAGACGGUGUGGGAGGCGUACAGAGAGUUCGAGAACGCCAUCCUGUCGACAGUACAGGUUUGUUUCCACCACCAGGAAAGAUCUUCUUUUGUUAUCCUCAGCUGUUUCAUGAACACGUGACAGAGUGACUCAUAUUGAGACCACAGAUGUACAGAGUCACAGGUGAAACCAACCUACCUCCAUCAGGGUAAAAUUAGUCCUAUCAAACAAUGUUUUUUAAUUAAAAAUCAACACGCUGAAUAGAAUAGAUCUAAAUGCUUUAGGUGGUUUAUUCCUUUGCAUGUUUUGACAUCAUCUCCUCUUCAUUGUUUCCUCUCAGCCUCCUCCUGGCAGGAUUCCCAGCCGUGAAGAACAGGAGCUGCUGAACACACAGCUCGGGAGAAUCCAUACUCUGUUUCGCCGCCAGCUGGCUGUCCCCCUAAUAGGUGAGUGUGGCGCUCCUCCUGUUCAGACAGCUGGCUCUAAAAUGGGCAGAGUUCCUGUUGUUAGGGGGUCUUAUGUUCUCCUGAAAAACCUUGAAAUGUUUAGUUUAAGAAAUCCUAAUGUUGCUCUUUGACAUUUUUGUAAUUAUUAUAUUUGGUUUACUGUAUUUUUUGUAAUUAGAGUGAGAAAUAAAAAAAAAUAACAAAUUUUUCUUUUCAAGAAAUGGCGGCGACCUACGCCGAGUAUGAGGAGUGGUCUGAAACAGGGGUGGCAGAGACGGUCACACAUCAGUACAAAAAGGCUCUGCAACAGAUGGAGAAGUGCAAAUCUUAUGAAGAUUCACUGGUAACUUUCUUCACUGGAUUAUUUUUGAUAUCUGUUUCAGUUUCCCUCCAUUAUAGCUGAGACUGUUGUGUUUAGUUUUCCAUCAACAUCUCCAUGCUGUUUUCUCCCUGCAGCUGGUCGCUGAACCUCCUAAACUGGCCGAGUAUCAAACCUACAUCGACUUUGAACUGAAGGAGGGUGACCCCGCACGGGUCCAGAUCACCUAUGAGCGGACUCUGGCAGAGAACUGCCUGGUACCAGACAUGUGGGCAAAAUACACCAAUUAUCUGGUGAGUGUGACUCAUUGUUGGCGCAGUGCUGUCUUCGAAGAGUCACAGUCAAAUUAUUCAGUUCGCAUGUCUUGGCCACAUUGUGUCUUGAGUAGAAACCUUUUAAAUAAUUUGUGUAACAGUGAAGUAUCCAUGUGGUUUAAUUUGAGCCUUUAAUACUCAUAUUUCUUGUGAAUCUGAUUAGUGAUUGACUAAUAUCAUUUUCUUGGGGCUGAUACUGAUACCAAUAUGAUUAUUGGUAGUUCAUAAGAAUAAUAACUGAUAAUCAAAAGCAACAUGUAUUUACUGUAAAAAUGAUGAUCUUUCUGUACAAAUUUUGGAUUUUGAAUUUUACAAAAUCUAUUCCAAAACUGCUGAUGUGCCUUUAGAAACUGAAACAUUCAGCAUUAUAUACAAGAGUUAAAUUUAACAGCACAGUUUUAUCACGUGGUCAUGUGACAUCUAACCAAUCAGAUAGUUUUUCCAAAGUAUGUAACAUGCUAGAUUUUGUCGUUUUGCUUACUGUUAAAAGUUAAAGUAUGAUCCAUUAAAACAAUCACUGGUGUAGGAAAGCAGGAAACUUGGUGGGAUGUCAGAAUAUGUGUUUGUUUUUGAAAGAGGCUUAUGUAUAUAAAAUACAUCUUUUAGCUUAUGAAGGUUAAAAUUUCUUGUCGCACUUUUCAGGAUCGUCAGCUGAAGAUCAAAGAUUUGGUUCUUUCCACUCAUGAACGUGCCGUCAGGAACUGUCCCUGGACCAUGGGUCUGUGGAAGAGCUACGUGCUCGCUCUGGAGAGACAUGGAGCUGACCACCAGACUGUCUCAGGUAACAACAAGUGACUGAAUGUCGGAGAGCUAUGAUGUCUCAGGUUUAGGUUUUUAUUCACCAGUCUAAUAACUGUAUGAAAAAAAAACAGCAGACAACUUAAAUGAUGAGGUCCUGAGACGCUUGCUCGGUCUGAUCGUGUUUCUUCUCUGGCCCUGCAGACGUUUUCGAAAAGGCUCUGAAUGCGGGUUUCAUUCAAGCGACAGAUUAUGUGGAGAUUUGGCAGGCGUACCUGGAUUAUCUGAGGAGACGUGUGGAUUUCAGCAAAGGUGAGAGCAGCUCUGAUUAUCAACCCGACCUUCUUUUGUGCAUUUGGAAACAACAAUCGACUUCUCUCAUUGUUCCACGUUAACGACAUUUCUCUUUUUUUGCAGAAUCGAGUAAAGAGUUAGAGGAGUUACGAGGAGCUUUCUCUCGUUCUCUUGACUACAUGAAGCAGGAUGUUGAAGAAAGUAGGUGGAUUUUAAUUGGACUGAGGUUCUUGUUUGUUUUAUUUUGGUUCUGUAGAUAACCUGCUGUUUUUUGUCGCUGUAGGAUUCGGUGAAAGUGGUGAUCCUUCUUGUCUCAUAAUGCAGAUUUGGGCCAGAAUAGAGGUGAGCAGAGUUACAGUGUUUGAGUGUUUUGUCUAAAAUUUUGUAUUCCUAAAAACACUUUUCAUGAGAAAUGAAUCAAUGAACAUUUCUAAUUCUAAUUUUUCUGUCCCAUCAGGCUCUUCACUGCAAGAACAUACAGAAAGCCAGAGAACUGUGGGACAGUAUCAUGACGAAGGGGAACGCCAAAUUUGCCAACAUGUGGCUGGAGUAUUAUAACCUUGAAAGGUCUGUCGAUCUGUGUGUGAUGUCUUUGAUUUAAUACUUUAGUCUAAGAGUGAGUCUGGUGUCCUCAUGGAUUUAUUUGUCUUCUCCUUAAAGGUCGUACGGAGACCCUGUUCACUGUCGGAAAGCUCUUCACAGAGCCGUCCAGUGCACGACAGACUACCCUGAGCACGUGUGUGAAGUCCUGCUCACCUUUGAGAGAGUGGAAGGUGUGUCCCCGUAUUGAGGUCAAAGUUGAACAAAGAGACAGAGCAGAGUUUUAUAAAUUACAUCUUCAUGUAUUUGACAUCUCUAGGUUCUCUGGAGGACUGGGACGUGGCGGUACAGAAGACAGAAACCCGGCUGAACAGGAUUAAUGAGCAAAGAGCGAAGGUAGGAGAAGGGGCCAGUUUUGCACGAGACCAGUCUAUGGUCCAGCUGCUCCAGUCUUACGUUUCCCUGUAUGUCCCAUCUGUUAGGCGGCUGAGAAAGAAGCCACAAUGGCUCGCCAAGAAGAGGAAAGAGCCGAUCAGCGACGGAGAGCCAAGUCAGAGAAGAAGGUCCAGAAGGAUAAUCGAGUCGGGGAGAAGAGGAAAGCAGAGCAGGAUGAUUAUCGGGAUGAGUGGAAUGAAGACACGGGUAAACAAAGAGACUUUCACUUAAAAACAAAAAAUACAUCUGAAUUAUGAUGUUUCUGUUAAUGUUUCUUUCUCUCUGCGAAUAGAACAAGCUCCUAAAAGACACAGAGGGGCUGGUGAACAAACCACAGAGGAGUCCAUGGAGAUGGAGACAGCGCUGUUCGGGAGGAACGCUCCCCCCGGCUAUAAACCCGCUCCACCUGGCUUUAAAAAACCCCAACAAGGAGUUCCAGCAGGAGCCCCGAGGCAGAGCGACGACAAGCCAGAGCUGCGCAACGAUAACAACAGCGUGUUUAUCAGCAACCUGGCGUACACGCUGGAGGAGCCAGAGGAGAAGCUCAGGACUCUGUUUGAGACGUGCGGUCCCGUCACACAGAUCAGGCCCGUGUUCAGCAACAAAGGGACAUUUAAAGGCUACUGCUAUGUACAGUUUGAAUCGACCGUGUCUGUGUCUGAAGCCCUAAAGCUGGACAGGAGGGAGGUGGAGGGCAGGCCGAUGUUUGUGUCACCCUGUGUGGACAAAAGCAAAAAUCCUGAUUUUAAGGUGAAUAUGAAAACUUGAGUGAUUUUACCUUUUUAAUUUUACCAAAUGAAAUAUGAAAUAUGUGAAUGUUGUUGUCCUUUCAGGUUUUCAAAUACAACACAUCCAUGGAGAAACAAAAGAUCUUCAUCUCUGGGCUGCCGUUCUCCUGCACUAAAGAGCAACUGGAGGAAAUCUGCAAGCCUCACGGUGUUGUGAAGGAAGUUCGUCUGGUCACAUAUCGCUCAGGAAAACCCAAGGUGAGGCUCGCAGUGAAGGACUCGGUGUCCAGGUGUGAGGCUAAAAAUAGAAAGCAGAUCAACAGUCUGGUGUUAAUGAACUGACCCUCUCCCUGCAGGGUUUGGCUUACGUUGAGUUUGCAGAUGAAGCUCAGGCUUCCCAAGCUGUUUUAAAAAUGGACGGCAUGGAACUGGAGGACAACAAGAUCUCUGUUGCCAUUAGCAACCCUCCUCGCAGAAACAUCGAUAAACCAGGUUCCAGCAGGCCCACAGUAGACAUGAUGCCUCGCCAGGCCUACGGAUCGUAAGUUCAUACAGUCAUUUCUGUUCUUUCAACUUACAGACGCGAAUCAAUACAAAAGUAAAACGAUUUCUUUUUUUUGCAGGCGAGGAAGAGGGCGCACCCAGCUGUCACUCCUCCCACGCUCACUACACCGACAGAGCGGAUCUGUCAGCAAAGUGGAGAACGGCACGACGUCAGCCAGAGCGACCGAGAACGCAUCGGAGGAGACGAAACCUUUGUCGAAUUCAGACUUUGCCAGAAUGCUUCUCAGCAAGUGAGAAGAGCAGCGAGGGAGUUAGUCCGCCUUCACACUGAAAGCCAUCCUGUGUCCUUACAAAUACGUGUCGGUGAAUUUUCUGUGGCUUCCCUUUAAUCCUGUUCUCAUCGUUUGUUCCUCUUUAACCUCCAAGUUUCUGCUCUCCAUUACAAACCAUUUCAACCAGUGCUUUUCAUCGAUUGGUAGUUUUUCUUUUCUUUUUAUUUUGUUCUCUUUAAAGAUGGCCGACGGGCUCUUUUAUCAAAACAAAAAAAAGUGUAUGAUAUCUGUGUAAAUAUACUGUACCUAAAAUUGUUCGCCUCAUGUUGCAAAGUGUCUUAUUCUGUUGUGUCACGUGAAAGGGAUCUGAGAGAACCACUUGGGAAUAUUUUUUUAAAGAGUGAGCCAAAUGUGUGAAUGUUGAUUGAAAAGGCUUUAUGCAAAAAUUUUGACGUGGUGAAAAAUAGUAACUGUGUGUGUUUGUGUGUGAGAGAAAGAUAAAAAAAAAAAGAGUGUUUGAUGUACUUUAUCGAUGAAAAGACAAAACUCUUCAGACUAUUUUGUGAAAUCUAGGAUAAUUGAGAAUCUCCUGAUGGCCUCUGACAGCACGGCUAACAGUGAUUUUUGUUUUCUAUCAAGUAAAAGUAAAUCAUUAUUUUUACAAAGUACCAUCUCUGAUUUACAGUGAGUUAUAAAUAGAAAACUUUAGACCUCCUAAUACAGUGCUUGCAAAUAAGUAUUAGUUUGUUGUCUUUAUCUUAUAACAGUAUAAAAUCUUAUCUGUAAAUCAUACGGUUUAACCUCGACUCCAGCUGUAGUUUCACAGACCUACAGUCUCAUGAUUCCUAUUUUCAUAUUUAUCGCUCUUGAUGUGGUUCGAAACAUCCAACCUCAUAUCCUCAGUGUUGCUUUAGGCAUCCUUCUAGCUUCUGUACUGUGGACUGAAAGAGUUCUGGGGGUGACUCACAGUAUCUUUGACUGAUAUGUGCUUUGGUUAAGGUGUUAAAAAGGUCAUUAGCUGAUAAAAUUCACAAGUUUUUAGCACAAAACUGAGAAAUUAAAAAUAUUCCUUAAUCAGCUGCGAGUUUCAUCUUUGAAAGAAUUCACAAAUGCGAAAACUGAGAUCCUUACAAACCGGAACCAAAGUACAGAAUCAGAAAUACGGUUUGAUUUCACCCUCUUGACAAACUGAAAUCCACAUUUAAGUGACAUUUCCAAGUAUUCUUUCAUAACAUCCAAGUCUGCAGCUCCCUCUACUCAAGAAUAGAGAAUCUAUGCAGUUUCUCCAUUUCGAUACAUACAGCUUCGAUCAGUCGUUUACGUUUCUCGUUUGGAUGUUGACUAUUGUGUAAAUAUUGUUCAGGAUAAUAUUGAAAAAGGUCGUCAUAGUUUGUAAUAAAUAUAGAUCUAAGUUUAAAGAAAAAACAAAACAAAAACAGAUGGGAUAUAAGCUAUAUGUACCGCUCUCACCACAGUGGCCUAAUCUGAAAAUAGCAUCUAAAUGUUGGUCUCCUGAAGUCACCUUCUGUUUCCUGUUCAGUGCUACAAAGUGGUUGGUGUGAGUGCAUUGCUGUUUUGUAUCAUUUCUAUGGUCAGUGUUUUAACUUUGCUAUAGAGCUGAGAAAUAGCUUUUUUUCUUUUUGCUUGGUUACAGUGUUUAUUUCCUCUGGUUAAUCAUAAUCAACUCAUGUAUUUGGUUCCUGUACGUGAAUGUCAUGUUGAUUUCUUUUUUUUUUUUUUUGGUCAGAACUCUUUUUAAAUAAAGUCGUUAAAAUCAUCUUCGA